CAUUGUUUAUACUACACCUCACAGGCGGCUGGGUUGGAAUAGUGCGACGGAGAACAAAAUACGAUCCUGUUUCUUCCCUAAAACAAACCCGCAUUGGUUUAUUUCCACCGCUUUAGGAGACAAAUGUAAGUGAAGACGCGCCUAUGGUGGCUUUAGUAGGCAGUGCAGCUUCUGCAGCCUCCAGACGUCUGUGCAGCUCAGGGAUAGGCCACUGAUGCCCAGACGGGCUCAAUUAUACUGCACACCAGCAAUGCACACACACCAUGGUACUUGCCCACGCAGAUGUCAUAAUCCAUCACACUGCUUUUUGACUCGACUUCUUCGCCAUCGACCCGUUUUCUUCCUUUGCCACUCUCAGAUGUGCAUCACCCGAUGCAUUACAUAACGGGGAUCCGGGCUCCUGAGCUGCUCUUCCAGACCCACGUAAUGUUCUCGUCAAACGGCUUGGCGUCAUAACGCACAGCGCAUCGCUGGAGGCUGGAGCGACGAGGCCCACUGAGUCCAAGCUGCAUCCUGUCAGCCUCCAUCCCUCAGACUCCCGCCGCUCCGAUUGGCUCAAAGGCCUGCCCUCUUCUGCAGUGGCCAGCCAAUAGAAACAGUGCACGAGCAUCCUGCAGUUACACCGAUCAGGGGGUGGUACUUCUUCUCGUCCUCUGGGAUCAGAUCAGAUCUGCAUGGGCAGCGACAACAGUCUGUUGCUGCAGCUUCUGUAAUUAAGUCUCAACAUGGAGCUUGGAUCGACUGUCAGUGCUGUCAGGAGUAACAGGGUCCUGCUUGGCAGUGAAGUCCGUCCUGCUGUUAUUCUAAUAAAGAAUGGAAAAAUCCACCAGAUACUGUCAGACACUAACUUUGCUGGGGCUGAUUCCUGCACGAUGUUGGAUGUGGGCGACAGUGUGGUGAUGCCUGGUAUUGUUGAUUGCCAUGUACAUGUGAAUGAACCGGGCCGCACCACAUGGGAGGGUUUCUGGACGGCCACCAGGGCUGCUGCUGCUGGAGGGGUCACAACUAUCGUGGACAUGCCUCUGAAUAGCAUCCCUCCGACCACCACCCUCUCUAACUUCCAUGAGAAGCUUCGUGAAGCAACAGACAAGUGUUUUGUGGACACAGCCUUUUGGGGAGGUGUGAUCCCUGGCAACGAGGUAGAACUUCGACCCAUGAUCAGGGCUGGAGUUGCAGGGUUCAAAUGCUUCCUGAUCCACAGUGGGGUAGAGGAGUUCCCCCAUGUGACGGACUGUGAUCUGCAUGCAGCCAUGAAACAGCUGCAGGGCACAGGGAGCGUCCUGCUGUUUCAUGCAGAGAUGGACGUUCAGGAGACGACACAGGAGACCGGGGACCCCUCCCAGUAUUCCACGUUCCUGCAGUCCAGGCCAGAUAUCAUGGAGAUGGAGGCGAUCCGCAUCGUCACAGAGCUCUGUCUGCAGUACCAAGUGCGGUGUCAUAUAGUCCAUUUGUCCUCUGCCAAACCACUGACGCUGAUAGAGGAGGCUCGGAGGGCUGGAGCCCCGUUGACCGUGGAGACCACCCAUCACUAUCUCAGUCUGUGUGCAGAGAACAUACCAAUGGGGGCCACACAGUUCAAGUGCUGCCCACCCAUCAGAGGAGCGGCCAACCAGGAGCAGUUAUGGUCUGCACUGAAAGCCGGGAAGAUUGACAUGGUGGUCUCUGAUCACUCCCCCUGCACGCCUGAUUUGAAGAAACUGGAAAGUGGGGACUUCACUCAGGCUUGGGGAGGAAUUUCUUCUCUACAAUUUGGUUUGCCUCUGUUCUGGAGCUCUGCCAGUAAAAAAGGCUUUGAGCUGGCAGAUGUCGUGAGGCUCCUGAGCCAGAAAACAGCCCAACUGUGUCGCCUUGACAACCACAAGGGAAGCCUUGCUCCUGGCUACGAUGCCGACUUGGUCAUAUGGGACCCAGACAGAGAAUUUGAGGUUAAAGAAACAGGAAUACAUCAUAAAAACAAGUUGACCCCCUACCUCGGCCUCACACUGAAAGGCGUGGUGUGUGCGACUGUCCUCAGAGGACAGCUGGUGUACAGAGAUGGACACUUCUGUCCUGAGCCUCUCGGGAAACAUCUCCUUAUCCCUCAGUGGAAAAAUCAAGCUCAGCUCUGAGGAAAAAUA